GUGGUGGUGGUGGUGCCAGUGGUGGUGGAGGAUACGAAGUCUCGUGCGUUUAGAGCUCGAGCUUUCUCAGUCGGACGUGUAAACUCGCGUCGAAAGCUUCCAUCGAAAGCUUCGUGAUAUAAGAACGUCAAGAUUUUACUAUAUAUUAUCGUUUCUUUUUUUGUUUUAUCAUCUCCCCUUCCCUCCGGCCUUGGCCCCCUCCACGAAGACUUUUAAAACGGUCUCUCUUUCUCUCUCUCUCUCUCUCUCACUUUCUCUGUUUUUGUCUCUGUCUGUGUCUCUGUUUCUUUCUUUCUCUUUCCCUUUCUCAUUCUCAUUCUCUCUCAUUCUCUCUCAUUCUCUUUCAUUCUCUCUCUCUCUCUCUCUCUCUCUCUCUCUCUCUCUCUUUCGUAUUCUCAUAAUUCGCGCCUAAAUCGAAUCGUCUAUUGAUAUUUAUAGGGAUAAAGAGAGAAAUGUAUAGAUAGAUAGUAAGAGGUAAAACGGAAAGGCGGAGGUUCCAGCCGGCAAAAUGGCGGCAGGUGAAAUUUAUAUAUAUACAACAUAAAAAAGAAAGAGAGAGAAAUAGAGGGAAAGAAAAUUCGAGUUGCCCGUUUCCUGGGUGACCAUACGAGAUUAUCGAUCGCGGAUCCUUGAACGGUCAUGAGAGGAGGAAGCUCGAUUUUACAUUGGACUAGCGUGUCCAUCGCUGUUAGAUCAAAGUGGUCGAAGUCAAGGAUCGUUUUUGGUGUUAAUAUCGUUUGACGAACUGAAGAGAGGAAUCUAAACGAUCAUGCAUCUUCAUUUUGAGAAGAAUAACAACGCCAAGUGCGACUGUAAUAUACUCUCGCUCAGCUGGAUGGGCAAAGUUCCGGACGAAUCACCUGAGGACGAAGGAUGGAAGCUCGAUCGUACAAAUUACUAUCAGGAGGGUUGGUUAGCUACCGGGAAUGCUCGUGGUCUAGUAGGAGUGACAUUUACCACUUCACACUGUCGUACCAGAGCAGCGGAACUUCCUUUACGAGCAAACUACAACCUCCGUGGUCAUCGUAGCGAAGAUGGUUUCGUAUUGGUCGGCAGUGUUGGUGGACAAAGAUAUUGGUCGUCUAUGUUAAAUGACAAAGCUACGAUAACUUGCGGAAUUUGGACACCGGAUGAUCAACAGGUUUAUUUUGGAACAACGGCUGGACAAUUGAUAGUGAUGGAUGUGCAUGGUGCAAUGGUAUCGGAGGUACAAUUGGCAGCGGGUGUUACCUCGAUGGCUUGGAGUGCCGAAAAAUUUACGAUGGAGGAAGGUGACGAAGAUGUUACAAGCGAUAGAUCAAGAAGGGACGAACGUAAUUACAUAUUAGCUGUUUGCCUUGCCGAUGGUAACAUAGUUAUGCUUCGUUCCUUCGACGACGUAUCACCAAUAACUGUACGUACAAAUUUAAAAACACCUUUACACGCAGAAUGGAGUAAUUCAAGAAAGUUAUUAGCUAUUGCGGGAACGAAGGAUUCGGAUUCUCUUCCUCAAAAUAAUUCAUUAGAAUAUACGAACCUAUUAAAGUUCUAUUCGGUUAACGGUACCCUCGUUUACACAACAGUAAUUCCAUACACGCAGUGCCCUGUAUCGGCGUUAACCUGGGGUCAUAACGACAGAAGACUCUUCGUAGCCACUGGUGCAAGAGUACAUGCGGCAUGGGUCUCCAGGAGGGUCGGUUCAUUGCAGUUGCUAUCUAGAUUAGCAGUGAGGGCAGCCCUCACAAGAGAAUCCAGUGUCCAACAACUUCCGUUACCAUCUAGAUUAAGAGCAUCGGUAGCUGCAUUGUUUGCUAGUACGAUACGGUGUCCAGUACCAGAGCCAAGAGAAUUAAGACGUUUUGUAUCCAGGCCACCAGCUGGAAGUGGAAGAUUACAUUGUACAAUGCUUAGACAUGCCGUAGAACCUAUACCUUGUUAUACAUUAUAUUUAGAAUAUUUAGGUGGUUUGGUACCAUUAUUAAAAGGUCGAAGAACCAGUAAAAUCAGGCCAGAGUUUGUAAUAUUCGAUCCCCAGAGUCAAGAUACUUUACAAUUAUUCGACGAUGUAUCACAAUGUCCUUCCUUCAGUGAUGGUUCUGAUACAGAAAGAGAUACCGCAGAUUUAUGUGGUUCCCCAAGAAAUCGUCGAAAAAAUAGAAGAAAGAAGGAAGAAAAGGGCUCAGAGGAAACUGAUGAUCUCACUUACGUCGACACUUUGCCCGAGCACGCUAGAUUGGUCGAAGUAACGUCAAAUAUUUGGGGCACGAAAUUUAAAUUCCACGGCUUGGCAGAUUCUGUACCAGCUAACUUAGGUCAAGUUACUUAUCGAACAUCAUUGUUACAUUUGCAACCAAGGCAAAUGACACUGGUGAUGACGGAAUUGAGAGAUGAUUUACCUGCAGGUCCAGAUCCAAGUUUCAACCCUAAUUUAUUUUCCGAAGACGAGGAGGAAACAUUUCAGGAUCUUCAGGGAACUUCUAGAGCAACCUCGGAGACUCAGCCACCUCCGAUAGCUCCUAUGACGCCGCGAAACGCACGACUGAAUCCAAAUCGUCCAAAGUCACAAAUCUCAAAUCAAUUUUUAACCACAGAAGCCUUACCUGCCUCUUUGGCACGCGUCGAAAAUUAUGAAAACGAAUUCCCAUAUGUAGAUCUUCAAGAGAUGACGAAUUUGUAUGAGAAUAUAAGAAGCGCACCUACGAAUACUUAUCGUACACCACCUAGGCACAAUCCACCUAGAUGUUGCGACGUUCCAGCUUUGCAAUCGCCUAAAAAUGCAGUCGCGCCGACACAAACUUUAAUAGCUACGUCGAAUACAAGUACCGAUUAUUCGAGUAAUAUUCAAAGAGUUAAAACGGCAUUGGCCGAUCAACAAAAUACCGGUAUGGUUACGAAAAAGGAACUCGAAAAUAAUAAGCUCAAUCAGAUAUCUCAAGAGGACAAAUCUAGUCUAAAUUCUGGUUCGUCCAACAUCAUUCCAACGUCCAUGCAUAACGGGCAGAUACCAUUAGCCGAAGCAUCGAGCUCGCAAAACUCCAUAUUAAAUAAUUUGGAUGGUGGUAACGAUUGUUCCCAAUCACAAAUGAUUUAUAUGAAUGGCUUGAACAUCAUGACGUCAUGUUCGAGUAACGUCCUAAACUCAAAUCACUCGAACAACGUGCAACAAAGCUGCCACGGUUUCUUACAUCCAAGGAACAAUCAAAAUAAUGGGACUAACUUGAGCAUAAGCCCAUCGCAAAGUAAUUUAAAUCCAUUUUCAAAACAUAAUAAUGGCUCGAACGGUUCGUCCAGUUUAUUACUUCCGUCUACGUGUUCCUAUCAAUUAUCAGAUAAUUCUGAUCACGAACAAUCGACUUCAUGUUCGCCGUGUAAUUUGAAACAACAAAAGGAAAUGAAAUCUCAGGGUAGUUAUGGAAAAAUCAAUGUUUCUAAUCAAUCGAACGGAAAGACAGAAGAGCUUCGUUUUAUCGACGAAGAGAGUAAAGCCGAGGCUGACAUUGAACAAUUUCGUGGUGUUCAUAGGACACCAACGGUCGUUAGUAUCGGUCCACUUUGUUCAAAUGAUUCAAUAGUAAGAAGUUGUAGCGUUGGAUAUUUAGAUCUGGUAGACGUUCAUCAGUUGGUUCCUUGCGAUGUUGCCUUGAAAAUGUUGAGAAAGGAAGCGCCUAACAAGAGAUUGGUAUUGGUUUCGAGAAAAACAAAAAGAAGGAAAAAGAAUAGACCACAGCACGACAUUGGACAACAAAAUAGUAAACCACCAAGACUUCGUAAUUGUGGUAAAUCGAAGAGUUUAGACUCCAGUGAUAUAUUCCCUAGUAACGAACUUAUAACUACACCUCCUAAAUUGCCUGAACACCUUGAGGAAGCAUCGAACAUUGUUAAUAAUUCUGAAAUUGUAACGGAGGAGAAGUGCAGUGAUUUGAAUAUAGUAGUAUUAGGGGAGAUUAACAACGAUACCGUGAUGGAACGUCAAAAAAAGAUACUUCAUGGUAACGAUGAAACUUACGUUGAGAAACCAUGUCGAUUGGAAACUUGUGUGUCUCCUGUUAGGGGUUCCAGUCCAAGUGGUUCUUUGGCAUCAUCAUUGGACGGUCUUGCCGCAAGACUCAAAGAUUUCGAUGAGAGUCAUUCCUUACCACCCCCAUCACCUCGUCCAUCCUCAAGUUGUAGACUGCCAAGAAGUUCACCAAGCAGUCCGGCACCCUCGAAGAAAGGAAAAAGACCAGCUUCGGCUUCGCCAAUCAGAAGGAGACUAUUAUCGAGUCCUUUGUUAAACAGGCGAACGCGAAAAAGUCGUGGCGAGAGUUCCGAUGAGGAAGGAUUAAUACAGGACGACUCGUCAUCGAAUUAUCGCGACUUGGAAACCUUUCAGAAAGCACAGCUACGUCAGAAAUUGAAACAAAGGGGUGCUGGAAUGUCUAAUGGUCAUAAUAAACAGGAGACAACUAGACGAGAACUUGUGAUGCACAAUAAAGCACCAAUGUGGAACGAAGCUAGUCAGGUUUAUCAGCUUGAUUUUGGUGGUAGAGUAACACAAGAAAGUGCUAAGAAUUUUCAAAUUGAAUUUAGAGGGAAACAGGUGAUGCAAUUUGGCCGGAUAGAUGGAAAUGCCUACACGUUGGAUUUUCAAUACCCUUUCAGUGCAUUGCAAGCUUUUGCUGUUGCCUUGGCAAAUGUUACGCAAAGGCUCAAGUAACCGUCACUCCCCAGUACCUCGUUCGAUAUAUAUCUCUACGAAAUUUGGAGUAUGAAUAUUAACGACGAGAUGAAAAAGACUUACGUGUAAGCAAGGCACACACCCACGUGUCUUUCGAUUAUAAAUGAUUUAAUAGUCAUCGUCUAGAGAAGGAAGUAUGUGUAAUUAACAAAAAAAGAACAAAAAUGUCGGAACGUGUCGUCUUGGAGUUUCUCCAAAGAGAAGAAAAAAGAAAUAAAAAAAAAAAAAAAAAAAAAAAAACAAUAAAGAAGUAAAAAGAAAAUAGAAAAGAAAAGAAAGAAGAAAAAAAUAUUGCAGAAGAAAAGUGCACAAGACCUUUAUGCGUUUUCGCAAUGAAAAAUUUUUCGUGUGUUGUCUGUAAAAGAUAGAAUGAAUGUGAAUGAAAGAGAGAAAGAAAGAAAGAAAGAGAAAGAGAAAGAGAAAGAGAGAGAGAGAGAGAGAGAGAGCAAAAAAUUCUCCACUUCCGUUGAUCAAUGUUAAACACAUCAGAGAAAUUACAAGCGAUUUAAAUUUGUGUGGAACACAAAAGAAAUUUUUUUGAUAAUUGUAUGGUAAUAUUUCGUUAUAUACAUACAUACAUAACGUAUAUAUAUAUAUACAUAUAUAUAUAUAUAUAUAUAUAUAUAUAUAUAUAUAUAAUAUAUGUAUAUAUAUGUAAACGUUUCUUCGUCGUACCGUCCAAAAAAUAAUUUCGUUUCUCCCAACUUCGAGAGCUCAUUUUUGUAUAGUUUAUGCGACACGUUGGAGUAUAGUAAAAUACUGUUGAAAGUUUCAACUCUCGUUCAUUUUUGGCGGUCCGCCGAAUACACGCACACAUACACACAAACACGCACGCACGCACGCACACACACACACAUAUACAUACAUAUACAUAAAAAAAGAGAGAGAGAGAGAGAGAGAGAGAGAGGGAGAGAGAGAGAAAGACACGCACAUAUCUACACGCAAAUAGACACAAA